AUGGCUUCGUCAGAUUUCGCCAAUGUACGCUAUAUCCUCAACCAAAGACGCGUUAUUGACUUGGUGUUGCCUCUAGUACAUGUCCUCUCUGGACCAUACGCCGGAGUGAUCAUCUACGCCGUUACAUUCUCAGUUGGCUUCCUUAUGGCCAUCCUAGGGCUAGUCGGUGUGAUUCGAAGACAGUACCAUCUCAUCAGCUUAUUCCUGCGGUUGAUGGUGUACAUGGCCAUUUACAUGACCAUAUACUUUGUGGUUACUCUUUCUUCCCUCCUUACAACUUCCGAAGCCGAGUACGUCGAGGAAUGUACAAGAGGCUCACAGGACCAAGGUGUCUGGGCCGAUUGUAAGAGUGAAGCUGAAGCUCUGAACGACCCUAGAGUACGGACCGUAAUUGUGGUGGUAUUCUUCAUCAUACCAGCCACAUUACAACUUUAUGGCGUCUACAUUGUCAAUGCGUAUCACACGCAACUACAGCUCGAUAGAUACUUUAGCAGUGGCAUCCUCCCAGCGUCCGCUUCUAAACGACAAUCGUGGACAAUUGACGGAGAAGAAAUUGAGCCCACGGACUGGACAAGUGUGUCAGCGAGGGGGAGUCAGGUUGACCUCGUGUCUCAUGCAACGAGCUCGAGGAUGGUCCAACCAACAGGUUCGGAGAGUGUCCCUCUUACCUCGGAUAUUGGCAGCACACUCCGGACUCCCAAGAUUAUUCUAGAGCCUAGGAAGCGAGCAUCUUCGCCUAUAAUUUAG